AUGCAAAACAAUGUAGAGGAAACAAAAUUUAAUAACAAUAAUAGUAGUACUAAUAACAUGGUCAACAACAAUACAAGUAUUGGAAAGGAGAAUGGUGGAGAGAAUGCCUAUAUUGAUGAUUCGUUGGAAACUUUACCAAUGCGAUCUGCUAGAAGAAUCAUUCAAUUCAUUGGUGAGAAAUUAUCAAAUGAUUCGGAAAUUACUCCAUCCAAAAGGAAAGCCAUCGAAUCCAUCAUUACAGAGGAUAGAAUAAUGAAGGAAAUUGAACAAUUGGUAGGGAAGGAUUACUUUAAUUUGAGUGAGGAAGUAACAAGCCUUGGAAGGAAAAUUAAUAUGAAUCAAAAGAUGGAUGUUGAGUAUUCUGAUAGACCAGAGCCUAUUGUUCUUACCAAUCGAGUAAAGAUGCUCUAUGGAGGAGAGAAUGAUAAAUCAAAGGUAGUUUCCUCAACAUUGAGAAGAUUUGAUAAAUCCAAAUAUUCUCAUGCAUCAAAAUUGAAACAACAACAAGAAUUGAAUAGGAAAUUAAUUAAUAAUUCGAAAAACUUGAAGGUAGAUCCGAGAGAUAUCGAGGAAAAUCAACCAGUUCGAUUAGUUUACGAUGAGGAAAAGCCAACCCAGAAAGAUAUUGAAAUUUAUAGAGGUGAUAAGAAUGAAGAAUUGACUGAUGAGGAACGUGCACUACAACAAGCAGUGAGCUACAUGCAAAAGUACAAGGAAUACUUUAAAUAUAUACAGGAUAUUAAGUAUUUGAGACAUAUUCCAAGUAAAUCAGCUCGUAGUAUGAUUAUUGAGAAUUUUGAGAAAUAUUUGAUGGAUGCCAAGUACUAUUUACACUUUUAUCAUAAAUAUUCGUAUUUUUGGGCUCCAGAGUCAACUAGAUCUGUAGAAUCCUACAAAGGGCUAUUCGUUCCAAUUGACAAGAGAAAAGAAGAGGAAACUUUUGAUUUUAAAUCACUUGAUACUUACGAACCACUGAGGACAAUGAUUUAUCAAGAUUUUCAUGACAGAGUAAGGAAUGGAUUACCACCUUCUUUGGAUUUGGAUGGAAAACUUCCUCUUCUUGCAAUGCACUAUGCAAGAACUACCUUUGUACCACCAAUGACAAGAGAGGAAAUGAACAGGCUUUUCUAUCCAAUAACAGAGGAUGUUAAAUAUCAAAUUCCAGAAUAUAAGGGCACCAAAGUAGAUAAGGUACAGAAUUCUACCAUGCUAAAUAGAUUCCAAAAGUAUUACUUUACCAGAAGGCAUUUGGCUGGUUUAAAAACUUUAUUUUGGUAUUAUGACUCGUAUACUGAAUGCGUAAAACCUGUUGCGGUCGAAGAAUUUCUGGAUCAUUUAUCUCGUCUAGUUUACCUUUUUGAGAAUGAUUUAGUGAAGGUCAAACAUGAAGAUCAAUGUCUUGGAUUAUUUCAUUCCUUCACACAACAUUCUGCCAUAUCCAAAGAGCUAAUAAUGAUUAUUUCUUCUUGUUUCUUCAUGGGACUACCAUUCGUGACAUCCUUUGAGAAAAUAGAUAAUAUUCAGGAUUUGAUUUCCAAUAUUUCUCAAUACUGUUCCCUUCCUGUUAUUGCCUCAGCAGAUCACAGGAUUGUUUCCAAAAUACUUGGUAGCAACCAAUCGAAUAUUAGUAAGCUAUUGUACUAUGGAAAUAACGAGUCAUCUUUUCAAAGCGAAAAAGGAACUACUUCUUUUAAGAAGGAUCCAAUUUCUAAUAUUCUCAAACCUAUCAAACAAAUUAGUGUAAAUAACAAGCCAUCCCAUGUCACCUCGUGGGAUUACAUUCCAUCUAAUAUAGAUACCAAUAUGCAUGUGGUUAAUUACAAGGAAUCUAUUAAAAGUAGGACGAGCGAGUUGGAUUCUGCAGAUAUAGAGAAUGUUAGACAAUCUACAAUAUCUAAAUAUUCAAGCAGAGACAAAAGAAAUGACCUUCUCUACAUGACUUACCAUGGAACUCAAGUUGGAUGCAUAACAGGCUCAACUUUUGAGAGAGUGAUUGAUUCAUUGAAUGAACAAUUUAAAGAUUUACUCAAUCAUAUCAAGCAAACAAAAUCAAGUGAUACUACACCCAAGAAAGUUAAUGUUAUGAUAAUGUCCAAUGGUUUCAGUAUGCUAACAAUGUAUUUGCUUGCAUUUUGUUUUGAAAAUGCCCUCUCCUUUUCUUUUAUUCCUAUAACUGAAAAGGAAACAAUGCUAAAAAAUUUAGGAGAGUUGCAACCAGAUAUUAUCAUUAGUGAUACACAUACCAUAAAUUGGAUAUCAGAAAUUCUUGACUCGGUAACUUUUAACUAUAAGUAUCCAAACCAUAACACUGUUAUUGACAGUGAACAUUUGAACAAUAUUAACAUUGAAUAUGAAGGGCUAAUAACAGACUGGACCAUGUCAAAUACACUAAAGAACCUGAAAAAUACAUUCUCCCAGAUUGGAAAGCAAAACCACAAUAACCAUUGGAAUUUACACGGAAUAAUAACUAUUGGAACAGGUUUACCUAUUGAGACCAUCCAUACUCUAUCAAAGAAAGUCAAAUUUAUAUACCAGUUGAUACAAGAGGAUCAUGUUCAAUCUCCUCUUUUGGUAAGAAAUUUCUCAAACUCUGGACAUUAUUCACUUGAACGUGAGAUUAUGAAACCAUGGACCUUUUCGACAAUCAAUGAAAAAAAUCAAAUUGUGAUAGAGGGAGUUUCUGCAAUUGUUAGAAAGAGACCUUUGUUUGAAUCCCGUAAGGAAGAGGUUAUACUCACAGGUAUGGAAAAUUCAGUAUUCGACACGAACGAAAGGUCUAACACCUUGGAACAAUCAAAUCAAUUAAGAAAUAAUCUUAUAGAACAAUACAGACAAGUGGAAAUGCCAAAAGAUGUUCGAGAAUCACUCACCAAAUGUCUAAGGUUGAAAGAGGAGUUUGAUUUUUAUGUUCAAGUACACAAGAUGGUACAAAAACGUGAGAGUAGCACCAAGAAACCAACUUCUUUGGCCCUGUUCGAUAACAUUUUAUAUUCAGUCUUAUUGGAUGAGCUGGAGAGUAUUACAUCGAUUGGUAAAAUUGAAGACCUUACUGAAGUUCUCAAGUAUUUGGAACUAAGAAUAGACUUGACUGCUCAAUGUGUACAAUUGCAAUUAAUUGAUUUUAGAUUUAGAUUUUCAUCAUCCCUCAGGGAGAAGAAGGUCAAGUUCCAUUUCAAACAUGAUUCUCUUGGAAUAUUAAUUGAUAACGUACAAACCACUAUCAAGACCAAUAUUUUCUACAUUCAAAAUAACUUUUGUUUUAGACCAUUCAUUUCAGAUAAUGUUUACUAUAAUUUGGAUAUGAUUGAGGGAAUAUUCCAACACAAGCUUAAAGAACGAGCUAUUAUUCAAAAGUAUAACAACCAAUUAUAUUUAAUUCUAUUCACAAAAAGACCAGAUUACAACCUUAGGCCUAUCAUAUUUUCAAUGGUGGAGGAGAGUUUGAGAAUGAAUGGAUUUUCAUUUAAGGAGAAUAACAGAUGGCCCCUAUCAAUGUUCGGAACGAGGGGUGGCUCUAGCAAGCUUAUUGAUGGGCUGAAAAAUAGCAAAAUUCUAUUCUGUUAUGGUUUGGACUGCUUUGAUGGCGAUAAUAGAUUGUGUGAGAGGAAUAAUCAAUUAAUAAUUCAAUUUAUAGAGCAAUAUUUUCGUAGAGAAAAAUAUUCCAAGAUGUAA